CCACGGCCUGAGCUCAGCGGCUGGGCUCGCACCUGCGCCCUCGGAGCGUGUCUCCGGUCCUCGAUGGCGGCUGCUGCGGGCCUGCGGGCCUUCGGGGCACAGGUUCCCGCCUGGCUCCGGCGCGGCCGGUGCGGUCCGCUCGCCGCCGGCUUCUGCAGCGGAGGGCCGGCCGGGGCCCGGCAGCCGGAGCCGGAGCCGGGGUCGCGGCUCACUAGCUCGCGGCAGCGGGACGGCAUCAGGAACAUUGUCUUGAGCAAUCCAAAGAGGAGGAAUGCGCUGUCACUGGCAAUGCUGAAAUCUCUCCGAAGUGACAUUCUUCAUGAAGCUGAAAGCAAAGAUCUGAAAGUCAUUAUCAUUUCAGCUGAGGGGCCUGUAUUUUCUUCCGGGCAUGAUUUAAAGGAACUGACGGAUGAGCAAGGUUCAGAACAUCACUCUGAAGUAUUUCAAACCUGUGCAGAGGUCAUGAUGCUGAUCCAGAAUCAUCCCGUCCCCGUGAUUGCCAUGGUGAACGGCUUGGCCACCGCUGCUGGAUGUCAGCUGGUUGCCAGCUGUGACAUUGCCGUGGCCAGUGACAAAUCCUCAUUUGCCACUCCAGGUGUAAACAUUGGGCUCUUCUGCUCCACCCCUGGAGUGGCCUUGGGGAGAGCAGUGCCAAGAAAGGUUGCCUUAGAAAUGCUUUUUACUGGGGAGCCCAUAUCUGCUCAGGAGGCCUUGCUUCAUGGGCUGCUCAGUAGAGUAGUGCCGGCAGAUCAGCUGGAGGAAGAGACCAUGAGAAUCGCAAGAAAGAUCGCUUCCUUGAGCCGUCCUGUGGUGUCUCUGGGCAAGGCCGCCUUCUACAAGCAAGUGCACCAGGACCUUAGAACAGCCUACCACCUGGCCUCCCAGACCAUGGUGGACAAUGUGGCCUUGCAAGAUGGGCAGGAGGGAAUCAAGGCCUUCAUCCAGAAGAGAAAGCCCGUCUGGUCACACUGAGUCGGCCAUAUUAGAGGGAUGGAGGGAGCGUGACCCAGGGAGCAGCUCUCAGGAUGCUCCUCUCCCCUCUCCCCCCUCCACUGCUGCCUAAUAUCAAGAACAGCAGACAGACUGCUUCUGUACAAUAGUCAUGGUCCCACUGCAUGGGGUCUGUAUUCAAAGCCAUGGUUCCAUGGGGAAAGGAUGAAACGGAGACUCAAAGGAAAAACUAAUUUUAAUUUAAGAGUGGUGAGCACCUAUGCUGGGUCAGCUGCGGUAGUAAGCCUGGAAUUUUAUACACUUCUUCACGGGACCGUAAGUGUGGGACCACACUGACAUGGGAGAAGGUGACGAUAAAAUGAAGCAUGAAAGAAAAAUGCCAACCUGCUUCUGCUGUCAGUAGUUCUGUUUGCCCAGACAUACGAACUGUUUCCAAUCUCUAUGAGGUGUUCUCCACAUUGCACAUCUUGGUUCUAUUGAGAAAGAAACAUGCCUAUGGCUUUGGAAUAAUCGUUUGUGACUACUUUAAAAUACUAAAUAUUUAGAGAGUCUGGUAUUUUAUCUUUUUAACCAGAAUAUAAGCUGUUUGAGG